UUUCCCCAGGAAUAAAAGUACGGAGCAGAAAGCCGUAAUUAGUACAGGUUUUGAGAAUUGUAAAUUUUUUUGUGGCUAAAGAGGGCGUGCAUUAUCUUAGUCGCACACAACAGCUGAUCAUUUGAAAAUGAGCCUUAAUAGCUUCACCAACCAAGAAAACAUAAAUGCAGCGGCUUUCUAUAGGAGGGAAGCUGCUCUGCCACAAGUGGCUCCAAAACCUCAACAAAGGAAUGUACUGGGGGUUCUGAGUGAAAAUGAUCAGCACAAGAGAUCAUUUGCUCAGGGGGCAUCUUAUCCCAAGAAUGGCUCUGACUUGGAUAAUACAUUACCUUCAGCUGCAAAUUUUCCUGCCUGUAUACCCACCUAUUCCUCUUCUGCUGGCUUUGAGAUCUACGUGGAUGACCAUGAGGAGAGUAUGAAGUCUAUCCCCAGCUUAAAAGGGGACACCCAUACCAGGUGGUAUGGAGACACCUUUGAAAUGCAGCACAAAGACUUUAACUUAUUCUUGGAGUAUAGUGCAGCUGGUUCUUGUAUGGAUGCUUCCAUGCACUCCCAACCUGAUUGCAGUGCUCCUGCUGACCUCCUGGCAGUAGUGGAAUAUUCUGGGGACAUUCAUCAGUAUCUACGUGAAAGCGAAGUGAGAUUUAGACCAAAGAUCAGUUACAUGAAGAAACAGCCAGACAUCACAAACAGCAUGCGUAUAAUCUUGGUGGACUGGCUUGUGGAGGUUGGUGAGGAGUACAAACUACAUUCAGAGACGCUGUAUCUGGCAGUAAAUUACCUGGACAGAUUCCUAUCCUGCAUGGCUGUUCUCAGAGGAAAGCUGCAGCUAGUUGGGACGGCAGCAGUCCUUCUGGCUUCGAAAUAUGAAGAGAUCUAUCCACCAGAGGUUGAUGAGUUUGUUUACAUCACAGAUGACACUUACACAAAGAAACAAGUCCUGCGUAUGGAGCACUUGCUCUUGAAGGUUCUAGCUUUUGACUUGACUGUGCCUACAAUCAACCAGUUUUUAAACUCUUUUCUGAAGAUGACAGAUGUCUGUAGCAAGACUGAAAACCUAGCUUUGUACGUGGCGGAACUAAGUUUGAUGGAAGUUGAUCCCUUCCUGAAGUAUCUUCCAUCCCAGAUAGCUGCAGCUGCAUACUGUCUUGCAAACUACACAAUUAACAGGAAAUUCUGGCCUGAAUCCUUGACUUCUUUUACUGGUUACACUGUGGUCGAAGUUGUGCCUUGUCUGAGUGAUCUGCACAAGAUGUAUCUUGGUGCUGAAAGUCGGCCACAGCAAGCAAUAAGAGAGAAAUACAAGAGCUCAAAGUAUCUGAGUGUAUCCCUAAUAACUCCACCAGAAGUUCUACCUCUCCAAUAAGAUAUGUCUUGGUGUCAAUCUGGAUAACUAACAAAUUCAGCACUUGCCUCCUUUCUCGAUCACAUCGGUGGAUCGUAUUGGAUUAUUUGAGACUAAUGCAGGUCAAAUGUCUCAACUUGUUGUUUUUAUAUAAUGUAUCUGACUUUUUAAAUGCUUUUUUUUUUUUUUUUUUUUUUUUUUUUUUUAUAAAAAGAGUGCAAUUUUAUCUCCUGUAUUCCUGUACAUCGUUUGCGAUUUGUAUAAAAAGGUCAGAAGUUUAAACUGGAUUGCCAUCAUGGAUGACUUCUCUAGUAAACAAUAAAAAUUUUAAUCUAGAAAGUGUGGUGGCUUCAUUGGAAGAGUUGGCAGUGGGUUACUUUGAGCCCAAUUAUUCCAAGUAUAACAGGCUGCUAUUGAAACUAAUCAUGCCAUCAAACAUGUUUGCACCCCUUUCCAUCUAGUUUAGUUUUUUUGGCGUUGGUUAGCCACUACAUUUUUGUAAGUGUGGUUCUAAUUAUUCUGUUAUUCAAUUUACUAUUUACUAUAUCUUUUAGGGAACUAAAAAUGUAUUUCUGUAUUGCACAAUGUUACUAAUUGCAUCUUUUUAAUGUCUGCCUGGGGGGAUAGAUACAAUGGCAAGGUCAAAUGAAUCUGUUACUGUACAACAAUACAUGUGCACAGCACACUUGCUGGAGUGUGGCUUCCUGAACUCCUAACCAGUGACGAUAAUCUAAAUGCUGUUUUCAUUUGGUGGAAGAGCAAAGGGUAAGACUUAAAUGGGUUUUGUAAGUUAAUGUAUCCUGUUUUGCAGUGUUAGCAAAAUACUGUACUCGUUCUGUCUUUUUAAAACUGACAUUCCUUAUCGACUUUGCUCCCUUUUUUAUUUCAUGAUUGGUUGAUUUCACGCUUGGCUCACGUGUAGUUAAGCCAUGACAGUAAACUGCACCAAUACUGUAAGACUCCUUCACUAAUUCACUAUUUCUCACUUUAGGUGAAAUAAACAGGGAGUACUAACUGGAUGCUCUACAUAACUUUGCAAUUUUGUUUUAUAUAGUAAAUACUCAGGCAGUAUAUAUUGCUCCUAAUUCUGUCUACAAUGAAUUUGUCAAUUUAUUUUAAUCAUGUUGGGUAUUGUAUCAAUGUAGCCUGAUUUGCAUACAUGGUCAACUUUUAGAUAGUGUUUAUACAUUUGUAUAAACACUAUCUAAAGCCUAUCUUAUUUUAAUUAACUUGCUUUUAAACUCCCCUGUGGUCAGUGAGCUCUGUUGCUGACUAGUCCUGUUUAGUGUGGGCAACAUAUUGCUCAUUAGGGAAGGGUGAUGGGUCAUGAUAUUGUUUGUCUACAGUGUUACUUUGACACACUGAAGUGUUGGAUUUUAUAGAUAUUAGAUGUUCAUGUGUCUGUAUUUAAAUGACUAGGUGCAAAAAGUUCAGAAUUCCGUUUUAUAUAUGAAUGCGAUGUCUAAUAAAAUGUACAUUCCUACA